CAGGCCGGUCUGACUUCGUCCAGCCAGCCCGCAGCCCUGAAGAGUUUGGGGCCACAGCGAUGGGGAACAGCAGCAGCGACAGGUCCAGUGGGGGUCAGGGGGACAGGUCAUACAGAGAUGGACAGCAGGGGGGGAAAGAGGCGCAUCCCAACAUCCUGAUGGACAGCACAGAGGACGGAGACCUCUUCCAGAGAGAGGACCAAAAGGCUCCGCAGGAAAUACAGGAAUUUCUGGCCUGGCAGCAGGACCUGGAGAGCGAAGGCAAAAGUCCGACGCAGGACAGACCGACCAUGUUCAGGUGGUCUGGGGUGGCCAAAGAAGUCUUCGUGUCUGGCUCCUUUAACAACUGGGUCACCAAGAUCCCCCUGAACAGAAGUGAGAAGAACUUUGUGGCCAUCGUGGACCUGCCAGAGGGGGAGCAACAGUACAAGUUCUGUGUGGACGGUCAGUGGACGCUGGAUCCUGCAGGGGCCGUGACCACGUCAAAGACCGGAACAGUUAAUAAUGUCAUCCAGGUGAAGAGAACGGACUUUGAAGUCUUUGAUGCCCUCAGGAUCGACUCACAGGAUUCUGCAGACCUCUCAGACCUGUCCAGUUCCCCUCCCGGCCCCUAUCAACAGGAUGCAUAUGUCAUCAGAUCAGAAGACAAGAUCAAGCAGCCUCCUUUCUUGCCGCCUCACCUGCUGCAGGUGCUGCUCAACAAGGACACGGGUAUCUCUUGUGACCCGACGCUGCUUCCGGAGCCAAACCAUGUGAUGCUCAAUCACCUGUACGCCCUCUCCAUCAAGGACGGAGUGAUGGUUCUCAGCGCUUCACACCGAUACAAGAAGAAGUACGUGACGACUCUUCUCUACAAGCCGAUUUAACCCGCAGAGCCGUGAUCCAGGCUCUGGUGAUCCGGGCUCUGGUGAUCCAGGCUCUGGUGAUCCGGGCUCUGGUGAUCCAGCCUCUGGGGAUCCGGGCUCUGGUGAUCCAGCCUCUGGUGAUCCAGGCUCUGGUGAUCCAGCCUCUGGUUCUGACAUCAGAACCAGUCUGUCGUCGUUCUUCGCUGCUGCUUUGAAUGUUUUUGCUAAAACUGGACUAAAAUGUGUUUCUGAUAUCAGUUUAAAGCAUUUUUACCAUCCUGUCAUUGCAAAUUUAGAAAAAGCAGCAACUCUUUUAGUUAAAGUUUCU